GAAACGGAGUUGACUAACAUCAUAUUUCUUUGCUAGGCCUCCCUCUAUUUUUCCCUGGGUUCUGUUGGUUUCUUCGGAAUGGUGGCAUUAGUUUAUAGAGCCAAGCAAUAAGGGGCCACCGGCCGGGGAAGAGUUGCCGACAUGAAGCUUUGGGAGAGAGUGACGAUGUUGUCGGAGAAAGUGACGUCCAACUCCCAUGGACAAGAUUCAUCAUACUUUUUGGGAUGGGAAGAGUACGAGAAGAACCCCUACGAUGAGAUCAAAAAUCCCAAUGGAAUCAUCCAAAUGGGACUAGCAGAAAAUCAGCUCUCCUUUGAUCUUCUCGAAUCGUGGCUAGCUCAAAACGCAGAGCCCGCAGCGCUGAAGAAAGACGGGAAAUCCAUUUUCAAAGAACUUGCUCUCUUUCAAGAUUAUCAUGGCCUCCCAUCUUUCAAAAAUGCCUUGGUUGAAUUCAUGUCAGAAAUCCGAGGGAACAAAGUCGCCUUUGAUUCAAACAAGCUGGUUCUCACCGCCGGAGCCACAUCCGCUAAUGAGACUCUCAUGUUUUGCCUCGCCGACCCCGGAGACGCUUUCCUCCUCCCCACUCCAUACUAUCCUGGUUUCGAUAGAGACUUGAAGUGGAGAACCGGAGCGAAAAUCGUGCCCAUACAGUGCUGGAGCUCAAAUGGAUUUAGGAUCACGGAGUCAGCGAUUGAGGAUGCGUAUGAUGAAGCGCGCAGACAAAAUCUAAGAGUCAAAGGGGUUCUCGUGACUAACCCAUCAAAUCCUUUAGGAACAACUUUGACGCGACAAGAGCUAAAUCUCCUCAUCCGCUUCAUCGAUGCCAAGGGCAUCCAUCUCAUCAGUGAUGAGAUUUAUUCCGGCACUGUCUUCGACUCGCCAGGCUUCGUUAGUGUCAUGGAGGUUCUCACGGAGAGAAACUAUGUCAACAGUGAUGUUUGGGACCGCAUCCACAUUGUUUAUAGCCUAUCUAAGGAUCUCGGGCUCCCUGGUUUCCGGGUGGGAGCUAUUUACUCCAACAACGAAUUGGUUGUCUCCGCAGCGACGAAGAUGUCGAGCUUUGGCCUCGUUUCGUCUCAAACUCAGUAUCUUUUGUCCACUCUCCUCUCCGACAAGAAGUUCACAAAAAAAUACGUCGCGAAAAACCAAAAGAGGCUUAAGAAGAGGCACGACAUGCUUGUGAAAGGUCUUCGCGACGCAGGAAUCAAAUGCCUGGAAAGCAAUGCCAGCCUGUUCUGUUGGGUUGACAUGAGGCAUCUUCUGAGCUCGAACACCUUCCAAGCAGAAAUCGAGCUCUGGAAGAAAAUAGUGUACAAAGUAGGUCUCAACAUCUCGCCCGGUUCUUCGUGCCACUGCACUGAACCGGGCUGGUUUAGAAUUUGUUUUGCUAACAUGGCAGAAGACACUCUGAAACUCGCAAUGCGACGAGUCAAAAUAUUCAUUGACUCAACCGUUGCGGACAAUGCCUCGGACCAUAGCCCCAAGCAUUACUUGAGCAAGAAUUCCAAAAGGAAAGGGUUUACAAAGUGGGUUUUCCGGCUUUCUUUCAAUGACCGUCAAAGAGAGCGAUAGCCACGCCACGCCACGCCCCGGCCGGUGGUAAUUACAUUGCAUAAUAAGGCUAUCAAACACUUGAAUGUUUUUUUUCUUUUUUACUUUAAUUAUUUUUAUUACAACCAAAAACCUAUGAGGUGUUUAUUUUACUCUAAGACCAAAUGUACUUAGGUGUUGACUGUUUGAGCUCCUCCUAUUAUUGGUUGUAUUUCUAUAGAUCAUAUAUGCACUCGGUCCAUGUUGGACGUGAAGUGGGACCCAUAAGUAGUAGUUCUUGUUGAAAAAUUGAGUACGGUGAAGAGUCAAAAAUUAAAAGGGUAUAUGUGUAAUCUCGAUUAUCACUUGUUGUAUUCAUAAUUUUAUCUAAUAAAUAAUGCUCUUUUGUUUUU